UUUUUGAAGAACCACAGCAAUGGGCAACUUUGGAACCCCACUUAGAAGAAACCAGUUCAUCCUCUUGGUGCUCUUUCUUUUGCAAAUUCAGAGUCUUGGUCUGGACAUCGAUAGUCGUCCUGCCACUGAAGUCUGUGCCACACACACAAUUUCACCAGGACCCAAAGGAGAUGAUGGUGAAAAAGGAGAUCCAGGAGAGGAGGGAAAGCAUGGCAAAGUGGGGCGCAUGGGACCAAAAGGAAUUAAGGGAGAUCUGGGUGAUAUAGGAGAUCAAGGCAACCUUGGGAAGACUGGGCCCAUUGGCAAGAAGGGUGACAAAGGGGAAAAGGGUUUGCCUGGAAUGCCUGGAGGGAAAGGCAAAGCAGGCACUGUCUGUGAUUGUGGAAGGUACCGGAAAGUAGUUGGACAACUGGAUAUUAGCGUUGCUCGCCUAAAGACAUCUAUGAAGUUCGUCAAGAAUGUCAUAGCAGGCAUUAGGGAAACGGAGGAGAAAUUCUACUACAUCGUGCAGGAGGAAAAGAACUACCGAGAGUCCCUGACCCACUGCCGGAUCCGCGGUGGAAGGCUCGCCAUGCCCAAGGACCAGGCUUCCAACGCCCUCAUAGCUGAUUACGUGGCCCAGAGUGGCUUCUUCCGCGUGUUCAUCGGGGUGAACGACCUUGAGAAGGAGGGGCAGUAUGUGUUCACAGACAACAGCCCGCUGCAGAACUACAGCAACUGGAGGGAGGGGGAACCCAGCGACCCCUAUGGCCACGAGGACUGUGUGGAGAUGCUGAGCUCGGGCCGGUGGAACGACACCGAAUGCCACCUGACCAUGUAUUUUGUCUGUGAGUUUGUCAAGAAGAAAAAGUAGCCUCCCACGUGGGUCACUUCCCUGUGACUACCAUGGCAGUUAUUUUUAUCCAUGCUUUUCUUCCUAAGAUGCUAAAAUAAGACUCAAGUAAGAAAGGCUAAAGGCAGGUUCAGAAUCUCCAUUGCCAUGCUCUUCUUUGAAGAGUUGGACAUUUUUGUGCAUGAUGUUACUGAGUCAAUAGCUCACCAGGUUACAAGGUCUGGAGAGUUUGAAUAACUAGCCUUGCAGGAGGGGAUUGUGUGUGUCUCAAAUGCUACCUUUCUCUAGAGCUCUAAACCACUCUCUAUAUAACCCCAGGGACAACUGAAUAGUUGGUUGGAGAGGAUAAGGCUACCCUAGACUUGCCCAAAGCUGCCAGGUCUAUGGAAGGUUUCUGUAAGGAACAUAGAGAUACAAUCUGCCUUUGAAGUCAAAAUCCCCAAGUUUUGACCUGUCACCAACCCGGCCACAGCCACCGUUGCAAAGUUCUCUUGUUUGCACAGACAGAAAUACUUCAGCCCCAAACCUCCAUGUGAACAGUGAGUGGUCUACUCCAGACCACAUGGAAUCACACUCUUUCUGCUUCUGAUCUACUGUCUUCACGGAAGUCAUCUAAGAAUACCAGACAAUUGUCCAUAACUUAAUCCCAGAUCCUGAAGUAUUAACUCCCUGAUUUGGAGAAAUAGGAGCUUCAGAAAUGGAAAAAAAGAGUCUAUUCCCAAAAAAUAUAAUUUAUAAUACUCCAGCUAAAUCGUCUCCCUGCUAUUCCUAUAACUACAUUUUUCUUUGUCUUUGAUGUGUCAGCUUCCCUCUCGUUAAGCCUGGGGAAUGAAGGAAGGGCUUUGGGGAGCCUUCAGACAACUCUAGUAGCUUUCACGUGUUGCCAACCCCAAAUCUCUGUCUCUUUUUCCUUCAUUCUAAUGUAUCACUCAUGGUGACAUUCUGUGGAAAACCCUUUACUGCCCAUAACUGUAUGUUCUAAGUCCCUCACACCAGAAGUCCCUAACUGGUAUUCUCUCAUCACAGAAGUAUGUCAAGCAGGGGCUAGGAACAUGCCUAGAAUUCACAUUUACUGAACUGGUGAAAUUCUUCUUUGAACUACAGAUCGAACUUCAAGGCAGCUUUCAUUUGGAACUUAAAAGUAAAGAGUUCAACAAAACUCGUGAUGAUCCCCUUAUAAACUGUUGUUCUAGUUUUGUUGUGUGACAUGUGAUCAGACUGUUUAAAAUGCUAGCAAAAUAGCUAAUGAAAUAAGGGAAACAUCAGGAACAUACGUUCACACGUUCACCUUAAGCCAUCUGUCCAUGAUUUCACCCAUGACUAACUGGUUAUGAGAUAGGAUUUAAUUAGGUUAUUUCUGUGGGCUUAACAAGGAUCACAAACCCAGUUCCUACCAGGGCUAUAGAGAUUACAUAAAUAAAUGAGGUGGAACAGGUGGAGAUCACAGCACAUGGACACGCCCUGCCCUCCUGAAGGAACCAGCUGCCCUUCAGUGCAGCUAUUCUCACCAUGGAGA